AUGAAGACUGGUAUAUACACCUACAAUGGGCAGCAAUAUGAUGCAACUGCUUCCCCAAACGGAGCAGAUUAUGACAACUGCAGGAAAGAGAUAACCAAGGCACUGAACCUAAACGCACCAUGCAAGACAAAGAACUGCACCGUCGAUGGUGUGUGGAACGGAGGCGGCGGAGCUGGCCAAAAUAACCUCUACGCUACUUCGAGCUUCUACUAUCUCGCCUCGCGUGUUGGAUUCAUAGACAGCAAUGCUCCCAGCGCAAAGGCAGCUCCUGCCGCGUUCGGAGCUGCUGCAAGGAAGGCUUGCCGACUGGGCGUUGAGAAAGUAAACGUUGUGUUCCCGAAGAUUACAGACGCAAAUGUGCCAUACUUGUGCCUGGAUCUUACUUACCAGUACACACUGCUCGUUGAUGGCUUCGGCCUGCACCCAGCAAAGAAGAUUACAAUUGCAUUCAAGGUGAAGUACGGCGAGUACUACGUUGAAGCAGCAUGGCCUCUGGGAACAGCUAUGGAAGCCCUGCCACCCAAAAAGCAGAUUGGAAAUAAGUAA